AUGAGUACUUUUGGUACAAUUUUUCGAGUGACAACUUAUGGUGAAUCUCACGGUAAAUCUGUCGGCUGUAUAGUGGACAACUGCCCUCCCGGGUUGCCCCUUGUCGAAAGCGACAUACAAACCCAGCUUAGUAGACGAAGGCCUGGACAGAGCGAUUUAACUACACCACGCGACGAAAAGGACCUAGUUACCAUACAAUCAGGAACGGAAUUUGGAGUAACUCUUGGGACACCAAUUGGAUUAUCAGUUCCCAACAAAGAUCAACGUCCACAUGAUUAUUCGGAAACGGACCUUUACCCAAGGCCUAGUCAUGCUGAUUGGACCUAUCUGCAAAAGUACGGCGUCAAGGCUAGCAGCGGUGGUGGAAGAUCGUCAGCCAGAGAAACGAUAGGACGAGUUGCAGCCGGCGCGAUCGCAGAGAAAUAUCUUAAGCUUGCACAUGGAAUUGAAAUCGUAGCAUUCGUUUCAUCAGUCUCAAAUGUUGCGAUGCCUUUCAUUCAGGCUGAGGACGAAAGUGCUUUUCCACAGAGUUUCUGGGAUUUGUUAAAUGUCAUUACCAGAGAAGAGGUCGAUAAGGAUAUUGUGCGAUGCCCAGACCAAGAAAUUUCCGAAGAGAUGCGAAAGCGAAUUCUCGAAGCAAAAGCAGCUAAUGACUCGGUAGGAGGAACUAUUACCUGUGUCAUUCGUAAUGUACCACCAGGUUUAGGAGAGCCAUGUUUUGAUAAACUGGAAGCAAAAUUAGCGCACGCAAUGCUCUCAAUUCCAGCUACAAAGGGAUUUGAGAUUGGAAGUGGUUUUAAGGGAACUACGUUAUUUG